CAGUCUUGCACGGGGAAAACAUAAAAACAACCGCAUAGCAAUUGAGCUCGGUCGGUCGGUCGUUCGAAAGUGGAAAAUCAAACUUGGCAAAUUUGGUGUCUUUAUCAGCCGUACCGUUAUCAGUGUGCAAACGAGAUUUUGGUGUUUUUGGGGGUAUAAAUUGUAGGACCAAUUUCGCUAUAUUAUUGAUAUUCUAUUCAGUAUUUCAUGUCGCGGCGGUGAACAGUAUGUGAUUUGUCACCAGAAAACAAAAUUAAUUUACAAAUUGGAAUUCUCUUGGCUUUAAAGAGCGCUUAGUGAGUAACAUUUAGUGAUAGUGAAGCCGGAAAGGUGCGGAAGUGCUAUAGAAGGAAAUCCUAAGUUUUUGAAAUGGCUGAUGACUACUAUAUGCAUAACAACGUAUCAAACAGCGAUGAUUCGGAGUCGGAACUAAACUUGAGUACUCCGGAGCUUAAGGGGUACCUAAGUAAGUGGACAAAUUACAUCCACGGAUGGCAGCCUCGGUUCAUUGUACUCAAGGAUGGCACAUUAUCGUACUACAAAAGUGAGCAGGACAGUGACUUUGGAUGUCGUGGAGCAAUCAGUCUACAGAAAGCAACGAUUAAGUCACACGAAUUUGACGAAUGCCGGUUUGAUGUAUCCAUUGGACAAAAUGUAUGGUAUCUGCGGGCGGAAAAUCCGGAGGACAAACGGAACUGGAUCGAAGUCCUACAGUCAUACAAAACGGACUACCCGGAAACGGUUAGUCUUCGGCGUCAUGGCAGUACCAUAUCCCUGCAGUCCAAUACUUUGUCGACGGCCAGUGGAAGCAGCCUGAAGCGUGUCAGCCGAGGGUUGCGCGAAAAAAUGCAUGAAAUUGAAACCUAUCGGGAUAUCUUGUACGGACAGAUUGAGACCUUACAACGCUAUUUUGACGUUCUUCAUCAGAAGAAUGAAGACAAUACUCCGCUAGACUUGGGGGACGGUUUGCGGCCGAUUGAUUUCAAAGGCGAGGCAAUAACAUUCCGAGAGACCACUGCCGGUGUCAUCACAACUUUGCAGCACUGUUUAGAUAUUAUUUCCCAGAAGGAAGAGAGCUUUAAGAAAAAGCUCGAUAGAGAAGUGGAUAGACGGAAGAAAGCAGAGGAGCAGUAUAGGAUUUGUAAGGAAGAACUUUCUAAAAAUAGAAAUUCUACCAUACCAGGUCCAGAUCUCGAGGAAGGCCCACAUUCGACAAUACCGGAGGAUGAGUUCUUCGAUGCAGUGGAAACGGGCCUAGACAAGAUAGAGGAAGACCGACAAUUGCGUGUCCGUCUGAAAUUUCAAUCUCAACAGUCACAAAUCAGCACGACCAGUUCUGUUAUUAUCAACCAAGAGACUGACGAUGGUAAUCAGCAAUCGGAGGACUUCGGAACCGGAGCGCAGGCUCGCACGCACAAGCUGUGGCCAGAAAUCGACAAAAUCUGCACGGAACAGCUGUACCAGGCCCGGCAGGGCGUCGGAGACAGCGGCAACGGCUGGCAACUGUUUGCCGACGAGGGUGAAAUGAAAAUGUACCGACGGGAGGAGGAAGUCGAUGGAAUGGUGAUUGAUCCGCUGAAAUCCUGCCACGUGGUCAAGGGCGUUACUGCGCGAGAAAUGUGCCAUUACUUUUUCGAUCCCGCCUACCGGAACGACUGGGAAACAACGCUGGAAGAUGUACAGAUAGUGGAUAAUGUAGCACCGGAUACAUUAGUCUUCCUGCAAACCUACAAGCGCAUCUGGCCGGCCAGUCAACGCGAUGCUCUGUUUUGGUCGCACAUGCGCAAAAUCACCGACAACUUGGACCACGGUGCGCACGACGUUUGGGUGGUGUGCAAUCACUCCAAUCAGAAUGAAGAGUAUCCGCCCGCAAACCAAGGAAAAUGCGUCCGCAUUUAUCUGACAGUGAUAUUAGUUUGUCAAACAUAUCUGACUCCCGGAAAGGACAGCAAAACAGCGACCCGAGAUGACCUGACGUGUAAAAUCACCUACUGCUCUACAGUGAACCCCGGUGGAUGGGCUCCAGCGACCGUGCUUCGUGCUAUCUAUAAGAAAGAAUAUCCAAAGUUCCUUAAACGCUUCACAGGAUAUGUUUUAGACCAAUGUAAGAAUAAGCCGAUCAUGUACUAGUGCUCUCGCAAAGUGUGUAUGAGAAAUCGUGUGUGCCUGAAAAAAAAAACUGAUUCACCCCAGCGACUAUGGACGUCGGCAGUCGGAGUCUUCGUCGAACGUGAAUCGUUGCAGAUGUCAGCUGAUCUAUAGAUUAUAUACAGAUACAGAGUAGUGUUUAGGAUAAUAUCGGCGGUGAUUGUUACCAGUCAUCGCAUUGUUUUGAAAAAUUCUGAUUUUGUUGUUUGAUAUUGGGUAGAAAAUACUGACGUAAAUCUGGAAUCUAUUCUUUAUUACUGAAUCA